ACAGAUCAAUCCAAACAUAAUAUCUUGCUUUGACUGAGACAAAAAUAAUAAUAAUGGAACCAAAGUGCAGCAACUUGUGGUGUGUUUUGGUGUUUGCUUCAUUAAUGGCAACUUUGAGCUCUGGCAGUUUAUCUGCAAAGUACUAUGCGAGUACAUGUCCAAAGUUACUUUCUAUUGUCCGAAGUGAAGUCGUGAAAGCAGUAGAUAAAGAGUAUAGAAUGGGAGCAUCGUUGCUUCGCCUUCAUUUUCACGAUUGCUUUGUCAAUGGAUGUGAUGCGUCGGUACUGUUGGAUGACACAUCAAACUUUACAGGAGAAAAAACAGCGAUUCCGAACAAAGAUUCACUAAGAGGUUUUGAAGUGAUCGAUUCAAUAAAAACGCUGGUGGAGGCUGCUUGUCCUUCUGUGGUUUCUUGUGCUGAUAUUUUGUCCCUUGCAGCUCGGGAUUCUGUGGUUGCACUUGGAGGGCCUUCGUGGGUAGUCGGACUUGGGCGGAGGGACUCAACCACAGCCAGCUUCGACAACGCAAACAAUGACCUUCCUUCUCCCUUCCUCGACCUUCCCGAUCUCAUCUCUGCCUUUUCUAACAAAGGCUUCGACACCAAAGAAUUGGUCGCCCUUUCAGGAUCUCACACUAUUGGACAAGCAAGGUGCUCGAUGUUCAGAGUAAGGGCUCAUAACGAAACAACCACCAUUGAUCCAGAUUUUGCAGCCUCUCUAAGAACCAACUGCCCAUUCUCCGGCGACGAUCAAAAUCUUUCCCCUUUGGAUCUCAAGACUCAAUCCUUAUUCGACAACGCCUAUUUCAAAAAUUUGGUCCAAAACAAAGGCCUUCUUCACUCCGAUCAAGCUCUCUUCACCAACUCCUCUGCCGAUUCUCAUGUCAGUUCCUACAUCUCCCACCCUAAAGCUUUCUUCUCCGACUUCGCCGCCGCCAUGGUUAAGAUGUCCAACCUCUCCCCUCUCACCGGCUCCGACGGCCAGAUUCGCUCCGACUGCCGUAAAAUCAAUUAAAUUUUACAAAUAAUUAAAGACUACUUUUUAACUUUGGUUUGUUUAUGUUUCGGUCGGCGUCGGCGUCGACCCUUCCUAAAUCACAUCAUUGCCGCCGACUUAUA